AGAAAAGCCGUUUGAAUGAAUCGCCUCCUGCAGUCAUUCGUGUCGAACGACUCAAACGGGAAGCCACAGCAGCAGCCGCCGCGAUCGAACGGAUCAGGUCCACCGGCACCAUUUGCCCAUGGACAUCAUGCAAAUACUCCCGUGAACUAUGGCCCUCCAUCACUGCCUGCGAACGAGGACCAGUAUGAAACCUUGGAUUUGGACGCGAUAGGCACCGGCCAGCAGCAGGCACAUCAGUAUUAUCCGCCAUCUGGCCCGCGCUCUGGUAACCACGGCGUCACGUAUGCACGACAACAAGACAAUGGACCUUUCAGUGCGCAAUACACUCCCUACCCGUCGAAGCAGCAGCACUAUGCGUCGUCAACGGACUCCUACUUUGACCAAUCGGGGCUCCACCAGCAAUCGCCCUUCGCGCCCCAGUCCGGUCCGCCACACGAACAAGGUCCAUCUGGACACUACCACUCGUAUGACCAUCCACCCCAAGCAUCUCCUCCCUCGUUCCCCCCACAGGCGACUUCAUUUUUCUCCCAUGACCAUCACGCCCCCGCCCCUCUGUCGUCGUCGUCAUCUUCGGCGUCGCAUAAUUUCUUCACGGACCAAUCUUCUCAGUCAUCUGCAUCGGAUUUGUUUGGGUCGAGCGAUGGUCCGUCGGGUGAUUUCUUGACCGCCGCCCCAGCGUCAUAUGCCCCCCAAGCAAGCCCCAGAUACACCCCAGCACAACCAUUUGGUUUCGAUUCGACAUCUCCUGUGACGGACGCCGCCGACCUAUUUGGCACUCCAUCUUCCGAUGCGUUUCACACACCUGUCACGGAGCAGACGCCCGUGGACGUCCCACCCGCUCCAGUGGGCGACAGUUCCGUCGAGCUGCCCCCUUCGGCGGCAGACUUGUUUGGGUCGCCGCAACGGUCAGCUAAUCCGCACUUCACUCAGGCAACGUCUAGUCCUGCCCAAUCCCCCGUCCGCAACCCCCCCGUGCAUGUUCGUGCAGCGUUCAGCUCGAUGCAACUCAACUCGCCCGACUACUCGAAUCCACCGUCCCCCCCAAAGCCCCAAAUCGAAGACAAGCCUACCCCUCCAUCCCCUGUUGGAACUCCUGUGACUCCGCAGUUUCUCCACCAAACUCCCCCGUCGCCCAGUCGACAACAACCUCUUACCAAGGAACCGUCGCCACUGAAGGUUGUGCAACGCCCUCCCCACCAUGAGUUGUCCCCACCGUCCAUUUCACCGACUUCAUCGAAUCACUUGGACGUUUCUCAACCAGUCAAUGGAGAUGAUCAUGCGGUGUCGUCAUCGUUGCCAGAAGCAUCCGUGUCGUCGGUGGAGCACACCAAGCAACUGAUGCUGCAGUACAAACAUAUGGCUGAGCGACUCGAACAUGAAAAAAACGAACUGCUCGACAUCCUCACCGCCCAAGCCGACCAGUUUUACGCCAUGCAAGCGUACAUUGACCAACUCGUGGCGGACAAGGCGGCCACGUUGGCCCCUUGAGGUUGCGUUCAUGUACACUCGACAUUCCACUAGACGACCUCAAGUUACAUUUAACAACCCUCUGCGAUAUAUCAUAUCUCCUAU